AUGAAGGUUCAGGAAGCUUCUGAGAGCGUCAUCGAAAUGAAGGACGACGACCCCGACCAUUUCGAGAUCAUGCUGAAAUUUCUCUACACGAACGAAUAUGAACUCUCAGUCGAGGAAAUGGACGCACCACAGCUGGUCGAGAACUUCAUCCACCCUGUUGGAGUGCAUCUCCUAGCAGACAAGUACGAGAUUGAUGGCUUGUGUAUUGCUGCGGCCAAUGCCUUUGGUUGUCCCGAUUCCUGGGAGCACAGCGACUGUUGUUUCAAGAUCGACACGGAUGGGCUAAAUCAAGUGGUCGGUGUGCAUUACGGUGCUUGCGCACUUGUCGGUUCUGACAUGGGCGGCCGCAUUGUCAACUACAUGUUUCGACAUUGCAAGAUGAACGACAUGGCUAUGCAGAUCGGUAUCUGGCGAGAUGAAGACGGUCCCUACGACGUACAAAAAGCCGAGCAUGACAUGUAA